CUUUAAUUCGUGGUGUAAAAUGGACUAUUUUAAAUAUUUGGGGAUUUGCGUAUUAGCAGGAAUACUUUUAAGUCUAGUGAACGGAGAUUACGGACAAUUCAAAUGCGUCGGAGGGAAAUUCCAACUCGGAAAUGCUACCGAGGACCCAAAUAUGAUUUGGGAAAAGGUGGACGCAUGUUGGGGCAACCUUACGAAAGCGGAGAAUACCAAGUGUGCCCGAUUUUGCUGGUACCACGGGGUCGGCGUGAUUGACAAAAACUUCCAUUUGGAUAAGACCGUCUGGAAGGAAUUCACCGAUCGUUGGUACGAUGUCGGGAUCAAGGACAAAGUAGUGAAAUCGGGCUGCAUGGAAAAGGCUCCAACCGGCAAGUUUGAAUCCGUUGGGAAAGCUUGUGCUGGAUGGGAUGGAGUUUACGAAUGCUGGGACUCCUUUUUUAAUAAGCUGUGCAUAGAAUGAGGAAGGGAUCAUGAUUCUAUUAUCCACAAUUUAUGCUGAUUCACUAAUCACAAGAGUUAUACGUCGAUUAAUAUAAUUAAAACAAUUUUAAUGUACGACUCCUUUGUAGUCAGCUUUUGUGAUGUGUAAUUUGUGUAAUGUGUAUACAAUGAUAAUAAAUAUACUGAUUAAAACAUUG